CCCAACAGCCGCAACCGAGCUGGUGCGGCUUUCAAGUUGCCGACAUCACCACACAACGAGACGUCGCUCGCUCGGCACUUGCACACCAUUGCCGGCCCCCCGAUCCCACUUUUGGAACGCAAGCACCAUCGCAAUCCGAACCCCCGUUUCUCAAUCCGCAAAUCGGCCCGCCCCGUUUUCUCCUCCCGGAAACCGAAGCCUCGCACCAGAACGACAACAGAAAAGAAGAUAUAAGGAAAAAAAGAUGUCGGCCCUCCGCCCCAGCGCCGCCCGCGCCGUCGCCCGCGCCAGCACCUGCAACACCAGCAGCAGCAGCAUCGCCAACCGCUCCGCGCUCGUGCCCGCGCGCCUCCGCUACUUCUCCAUCUCCCCGCGCCGCGCCGCCGGCGGCGGCAUGCAGUACGACCCGCCGACCGGCUGGCUGUGGGGCGUGCGGCCGGGCGAGAAGUACCAGAACGAGGGCUGGGAGGGGCCCUUCUUCUACGGCUUCUGGGGCAGCAUCAUUGUGUUUGCCAUCGCGUAUGCUUGGAAGCCGGAUACGUCAAUCCAGACUUGGGCGCUGGAGGAGGCCAGGAGGAGAUUAGAGGCUGAAGGGAUCCUCGAGCCUGAGAAGAAAUAAGCCAGGGGAUCGAUUGAGCGGUCCAUGCUGCGGAGCAGAGAGCGAGGGGAAAUGGAAUGGAUAGGGAUGCCGUUGUUGUCUUCCUACCUCCUUAGACCGGCGAUACAUCGAGUGAAGCUGGCAGACGAAGAGGUGCGCGACCAAGUAUGUAUGGUGUUUCAUUGCAUAUGCUGGAUCUGAGUGGAUAGAUCAAC